AUGCGCCACAACGUAAAUAUUUUUAUUUUGAGUGUCACCGUGAUAUUAUGGAUGUGUGCGCUUCGUGCUCACGCUUUCGCCUUUGAUUUGCCAGCCAAUAAGCAACGGUGCUUUAUAGAGGAGGUUCCAAGCAGUACUGAACUGCUCAUCUCGUUUGCGGCGCUACCAGGGUAUGCACAGUUUGUGGAUGUUGUUGUGACAGGCCCUGUGGAUCAUGUAUACUACAAGUCCACGGCACAGGAUCGUGGCAACUUUCAUGAAUUUGUCGCCGAGGGUGGUGACUUUAUGGUUUGCUUUUACUCUCGACUGGCGCAGGGUGUGAGGCAGACUGAGGGAAUGAAGCGCAGCAUUAGCGUGGAUAUUCGCGUUGGAAGCGAAAAUAAUGAUUACUCGGAGUUGGCAACAAAAGAGAAACUCCGGCCCAUUGAGGUCGAGCUACGCGUGCUAGAGGACGCGGUGCGCUCUAUCCACUCUGAGUACCUGUACUACAAGGAGAAGGAGGCGGAGAUGCGCAACGCAAAUGAGGCAAUGACGUUUAAGGUGACAUGGUUCACUGCGUUCAUCAUCUUCAUCUUUGUUGUUUUUUCUGUCUGGGAAUUACGUCACCUGAAGUCAUACUUCCGGAAGAAGCGUCUCAUUGAUUGA